AUGAGCUCCUACUUGUCGCCAUCUUACGCGGAGGUUAGUGGAUUUAUUUUUCGUGAAACACUAUAUUUCCAGGGCAAAGUGCCUGUGAAUGGUGUGGCUCUAAUCAAUCGCCACGAAAUUUCCAGCACUCAAGAGAAGGAGCUUCAAAGGUUCAUCGAUAACCACUCGCAUAUUCUCCAAUGGAAGGAUCCUGAGCCGAUAAGUAUGUUAAUUGAUUUUUCAGAAGCUUAUUUUUUUGUCUAUAAAAUGAAAAAGAAAAUAUACUUUUUGAUAGGGAUUUUUGAAGAAAAAAAGCCUUUCAUCCUUCUUACAAACUCAUCAAACAAUAAAUCAAGCUUUAUUUAGAUGCUUAUAAUAAUUUCAGUUCAACCCCCAACUCGAAGAACGCCAUCUCAUCAUUACGAUGAUGCCAGAAGAACCUUGAGCCGUGGACCAAGUCCAUUCGAAGGUGGCUACAACAGCUUGGAUCGAUUCGUGCAGGUGUUGUUUACCUGUGGCUUUCGGAAAAAAUUCAUUUAUUUUUCAGAUGAAAGCGAAGAAGAUGGAGGAGGCGCCAACAAUCAGCGGCUCUGAUCUGCCGAUUGCUCCUAAUAUUGAUGGUGAGGAGCGACUUUAUUGAUUUACAAGGAUCAGUGUUAGGUUGAGCUUUUCAAAAAGGAGAACUUCCUCUAAACUGUCAAAGGUCAUUUCACAGAAAUAAAACCACCUUUCUACAAAGGAACCACUCAUUUUCAGAUGUGGGACAAAUGAAAGAAAAUUUCAGGCCACAACUACACAGAGGAGUUUCCCGGACUAGAAUACCUUUCCGACAACACCUUCAUCGAACAGCUGAUCAAAGCCGGACAAGUCAAACUAUCGUCCCAAGGCCUGAUCAGCCAACCGAACUCUCGAGCAAGUUCGGCCAUGGGCGGCUCCUACAACCAAGCGCCGCCGUCAAGUUAUUCCACUAUGACUUACCAAUCAUCGCAACCUUCCCAAAACCAAAGCAACUACUACUCCAGUGAGCAUUCCACCACCACAAACUAUCCUCCUUCCACGAACUACGGCACUGCUCCUAGCCAGUAUGGCAGCAUUGGAAAUGUCAGCAGCCAUUAUGGAACCUUGAGAGGCGGGAUUAAGCAAGGAACUUUGCCGCCGACCAGCCCCUACAGCAGUUUGAAGAGGUUCGUUUUGCAAAAAAAGUUGAAAGAAUCUUUGAAAGGACUUAGUUUGAUUGGGAAUGGCGCGCGUGUUGCGGUAGCAAUGCGGUUCCACUAAAUAUUGUAAAAAUUUUCAAUAAACUUGGGUAUAAGUUGAGCCAUUUAAUGCUACAUUUUUACGGCGUUUCAAAUCGAGGCGAAAUGAUCAUUUCAGAACGUGGAACAGUACUCUAAAAUUUCAUGUUGUUUUCAUGACUUCCUUCCUCGACAUGUAUACUAAAACUUUGCUAGAUCAUAUUGUCAAAAACAGAGAGAUUCUGUUCAGUUCUAAAACGAAAACGAAACACUCAAACUCAUUUUUAAGCGCAAGUCGGGACAAGUCGGACGCGCUGAACCAAGGUGGAACUUUUCUAUAGUUUUAAUCUUUCGCCUAGAUUAAUUUGACCAUAUUGACAUCUAACUUUGUUUUUUUAAUCUUUGCUCUGUAACAAAAGCUAUUUUUCAACAAAAUCGCGAUAAGAAUCUCAUUUUUUUUAUUUCAGGAAAGGCGUGAGCUGGCUGGACCAAGAAAGAGCCCGAUCUUUGUCGCCUGGCUUCCACCAAAGCACACGUCAGACUCAUCACCACCAAUACGCUAGACCUUCUUCCACCAUUCAUACCACUACCUACACAACCACUUAUUGAAUUUCCCUUUUUUUUUGAUUUUUUUUUCAUGGUUGAUGCAAUAAAAAGCUUUUCUAGGCACUGGAAAAGUGCAUGAACUUUUGAAGAGUGUGAUUCGAUCAUCGACGUCUUAGAGGGCGUCGCAUUAGUUGAUCUGUUGAAAGCCUUGAUUUAUGUUCGGAUCGGUGAAAUUUGGGGUUUUCAACAGAUUUUGGAUUAGAUAUGCUUUUUCUUCCAGUUCAGGAGCUUCGGAGUUGAAAUAAAUUUUAAGCUGGAAAAAAAUCAUUUUUUCGCAGUUUAUGAAAAUUCGCUUUUUUUUGUGCUUCUGGCAAAUUUUCAGCUUUAAAAUUUUCGAUUCUGAAUUUAUACGAUGUCAGCAGCAAGUUUCUUUUCACUGAGUUUAUAUCCUUAAAAUCUGAUCCCAUGGGGUUUCUUGAAUUUUUUAAAUUUAAAUGAACGGUAUAGUUCGAAAGUUAAGAAAAAAAAAUUCUACUUUAGGUUAUCAGAAGGCGAAACUUACAAUAUGCGGAGUUUCACCGCACGAGACUCCUAAAAUCUUACUUAAGUACGGCAAAAUUGUUUUGGCCAUCCUCGAAAAAUUCCCAAAAGUCAAGUAAAAUUACCUUCUUGGGAGAUUUUCACCUGCCACCCGACUUUGACGGUCUACUCGUGAGAACUUCUGAAUCAGACCAAAAAAUUACCCAAUCUUUGACCAUUUCUCUAUGCAAAACAAGAUCUUCUGAAUCGUGUUUCUGCAGCGUCAAGACCAGCCACAUGUUCAGGACAACGCAUGGAACAUAUCGCUUUUUGUUUAUACCAACUGAUUGACCAAUCUCGAUUUUUUUUUUGGUUCGGAAACACGUGUGAGCCAAGAACCACCCUCGCACUUCUCCAGGAUGCCUGUUACACUUUUGGAUCGGCCACGGCUGCAGCCAAUUCGGUGGCCCUUUUUCCUCCGAUUCUCGAGCGCCCAUAACCUCGGCUUUUACUCUUUUCCAGCUUUUAUGACUGUAGGAAUGUUCUUCCGGUUCGCGGAACUUUUAUGUCUUCGUGCAAAAUUCUAAACUUUCGGACUUUUUUUUCGUUGUUUGCUUUUUCAUCCUCGAAUAACUCUUAGAAAGUCCUUGAUUAGAUAGUUGAGAAAGACGCCAAUAAAAAUCAGUUUGUGAGCUUCUGGAUUAUUUUCUUGAGCCAGCGAUGAAUGGAGAAUGACUUCAACUUCUGAGCGGGCGUAUGCACUUUGAUCAUCAGAGGCAGCUGUUCAGUUGGAUUGAGAGAAAAAUCCCGAAAAGAAGGAAUACUUUUUUUUCUGAAAAAUAAAAAUCCACCACUUUUAGAACUUUUCUAUGAGCUUCCAUCGACAAUUUCAAGGUUAUUUUUGUCCGACACUUUUCAGAUUGAACAUGUUUUCCCUGCUUUUUUUCAAUCCUCUUCCAGUUUUUCUUUAAAAAGGAGUAAAAUUUGAUUAAAUAAAAACUCAAGUUGGGACUUUUUCGGGUCUUAGAAGAUUCGUUGAAUUUCCGUUUCAUACACUUAUCUCCUACUUAUUAUUCGCAGAGCUUGUCAAAUACUUUUUCUAAUGUGAGCAUGAACUUUCAGAGACAAAAAAAAACAAUUUUUAUUUCAAGGUUUUUUUCACGGAGUUCACUAAAAACUGUCGGUGCAUCUUGAAUACUCCAGCAAGCUUUUUUUAAAGUUACCUUAAACUUCAAAUUGUUUUUAUUGAAUUGAACAAUCAGAAGAAGGUUCAUUUUCGAUUUUUUCAGCUUCUCUCAAUCCUUGAAUUUCUCUUUGAUAAGUUUCAUUUCAUUUUAUCAAGUUUAAGCUCUAUUUCCGUCUCCAAUAGACCGCUUACUCAAAAACGCAUUUCAUUUCGUUUUUCGAACUUUGACGUCUGUUGGGGCGGCAGGUAGAUGCCGAAACAUACACGACUGAUAUUUUGAGCGGCGGCCCUCUCAUUGCUCGCCGAGGCACCGACGCCAUGUGUCGCGAGACGGCUCUCGCCUUCAGAUAUUCUUCCCUUGAACAAUGUCCAUCGAUUUGUGAUUUCUUCGCCUUCGCGACUUUUGUUGUGGGAUGGUUACCGGAAAUCCAUUAAAUAUCGUUUACCUGCGUUUUUUUUUCUCAAUUUGAGACCUUCAAUACAUCAUCGCCACCUUGUCAUUCUUUUGAUGGCCCAGCUUGGGUUAAAAAAAACUCUACAGGAGCGACUGACUUUCUUUUUUCAGAACACUGUUUUUUCUAAUUAGGACAGACGUCUUUUCGUUUUUCUCAUUCUGUUUUUGAGGCUUGUGUCUUGAUUAUAUAUUGAAAUCAUCCAGAAAGUGCAAAAUAAAGCUGCAUUGGAAGUUUUGAUCGAGAGACAGCAAAGGCGCAAGUUUAAAUUGCCGAAAAAUCUUCAGAAUCAGAAAUUGAUAAAAAGUUCUUUCACAACAGUUUACUGAAUUUAUUAACAUCUUUUGAACUCUAAAGCUUUUUUUAUGUGUCAAAAAAAUCAAGCCCGAUUUUAUUAGCUAGAAUUUAUCGAUCAGAAAGUCUUUUAUUGAGGUCCCCCUGAAUCUAUUUUUGCAAUCCUGAGUUUUCUGGAAACAUCUUUCUUUUUCUGUAACUUUUCGAACUGCGAUCACAGAUUUGUACAUUUUUCUUGACUUUAUUAUUCACGGGCUGAAAUUCAUACUUUUUCAGACCGAUACUCAAGAAGACCGAGGAAAUGUCUCAGUACGGCAGCGCCAGCAAUUUGAACAGUUUCCGUGAAAGGACUGGGAGUCCAUCUUACACGUCUCUUGGAAAGCACAGGGUGAGUUUUUUUGUUCAUGAAAAUUCAGUUUUUGAAUGGAAUUAUAUGUUUCUCUGUUCCUCAGAUUAUUCAAAUCUUUAAACUUUGGUUUUUUUUUCUGAAGGCCUACUUGCUCUUUCUUCAAAAAAAGCUUCAAACUUUUAUGAAACUUGUCAAGCUCGGAAUGAAAUCGAAAUCCUAAGUUUUCUCGCAAUGUUUUGAACUUAAAAAUCAGAUUUGAAGAAACUCUACAGCUCUGAUCCACAAGGUACACAAAAAAAACCUUGAUUUUGAUUUUUUAAUUUUUAAACUAAAAACUUGAAGCUUUCUUGAGAUGUUGAAGAACUCUUUCGGAUUGUGGUUAUACUCCGUCGCCACCUAUUGCAAAUCAAUAGGUGAUGCGAUUCGAGAGAUGUUAUGGCUUAUUGAUAUCCGUGGCGCGGUGGCAAUCGUCACGGAAUGCGUAGGCGCUGGGGCGUUUCGCGUCGUUGUAACAGAGCCGCAUUUGCCGUCGGCGAAUGAUAGCUCUCUGUCUCGUACACACUUGCCACAGCCGGCUUCUUUUUUCUUCGUUGUUUUAAACAAACUGGAUGAAAGUUGGCCUCGAAGGUUGGCACAAAAGUGUUAGUGGAAGUUCGAGGGAAAAAAAGAAGAGAUUAUUUUUUAUAAAAGUCAAGGAAAGAGCUGGAAAUGAGUUUAGUAACAUUCAGCCUAUCAACUUAUGCUAAUUAAAGUUUCAAAGGAGUUUGCAUGAGCUCUUGUACUGAUUAUCCGACAAAAUGAGCUGAAAUUUAAUAUGUAACGUUUGAUUUCGAUGAAAGUUCAAAAUCGCUGCACUUUUUUAAAAGUAAUGCUCGCUGAGCAAUACAAAUAUUUGUUUUUGGGACUUUUUCACGUUAUUUUUUUAAGGAAAAUUCACGCAAUUUCUAUUUUUCAUCCAUUUGAUAGUAUUCUAAGUUUGACCAAGCAGGCAUGUCAUUUGUUUUUUUUGACGAUUUUGGAAAGGAUUAGGCUCGGAAAAUACCUUGAAAUUUGAGCUCCCGCAAUUCGGUUUUUUUUUUUGGAAUAUUCUUUUUUUCAAGGUGAAAAAUUUUCAGGACGACUACAACCGUUUCGAGACGGCCCGACAUGCUGAAAAUCGUCAGCAACGUCAGAGCAGUGCAGAACGGGAUGAGAGCCGUUUCAGCGGAUUUGGCGACCGACCAGGCAGUGGAGUCGAACUUUCUGGGUUCAACUGGAAUGGUGGAGAGGUUUCUUGAACUUCGAAACAGUAUUCUUACCUUAUUCAAAUGUUUCAGGUUAUCACAAGCCCCACUCAGUUGCCCAAGUCACUGAAGCCUCGUAGAAUCUACUAUUCGCCGAUUGGUGAUGGUACUGUGGCGGCCGAUGGAAUGGAGUUGAAACGGUAAAUUCAAGUGACAUGCAAAAAUGAUUAUUCUUGGAGAGAGGGACGCAAAUGGAAUGGCUUGACCUUCAAAAAACGUUUUUCUUUGAAAAUUUCCUGGUCCACCUAUAAUGAACCUUUGAAUUCGCAGGAUCAAAAACGCCGAAAAUGAAUUGAAAAAUGUGAGGACAUUGCAUAUUGAAGUCAUUCCAAGUGCGGCUUUCGCAAAAGUUUGAUUUUAUCACUAAUUUUGCCGUUUUCCAGACGCCCAGUUGAUCUCACUCCUCGUGUAACUGUCACCCAGCUCCAACACGUCGAACGCGGAGAAAAAGGCCGAGAUGGACUGAACAUCUACGAAAAGAACUGGAGCACUGGUGGAUGUAAGUUUUUUUUUACAAAUUCUUUCUAAAAGUUGAUUUUAGCUGUCCCACCCAGUGAGGCUGGAUUCGGGAGUGAAUAUGGCCCUGGAAGUGGCCGCAACUCGAGAGCUGGAGGAGCUCUCAGCCCAGUUUCUGAGCCGAUUCACAAAGCUCCUGGUAAUUGGUUUGAAAUGAGAGAUUUUUCUAGUUUGUUUUCACAUUUCCUCAAAUUCAAAGGCCAAUUACACGUUGCUUCACAAUUUGAGCACGAAAAAUAUUUACACUAAAUUCAAGUCGAUUUCCUGAUUUGACUUUAUACGGUUUUACAUGACUUUAAUGUUUCAAGGCUCUCAAAAACUUUUAUAAGUUUGAUAAUAAGCAUUCCUGGGCUUCACCGAGUUUCCAAAUUGAUUUUUUUCAGCCUACAACGCAAACUCCGGACCUGGAGCUGGUCUACCUAACCACGGCCUCAACAAUGGAAACGCUCCUGGUUGGCGCGGUGGUGUGGAUUCCCUAGCUUUUUCACCACAACUAAUUGCUACCUGUAGUCAAACUUACCUUGAACCCAAUAAUAUUAUAAAAUAAUACUCUCCGAUUUUUUCCAAACCAUUUUUGUCACGUUAGUGUCAUGUUGACAUUUUUUUCCUUUGUUAAGCAGGAGAUCCGUUCGGAAGUGGUCAUGGACGUCCUGGAAGCGGCUUGGGUGGUGGCGACGGAUUGGGUGCUCCAUUUGGAUCUCAAUCGAACCUCGGACCUCCUAAAGAUGGACGUAACAGUGGUGAGAGAUAAAUAGUUAUUUCACCGCUGUCUUGUGAGAAAACUUGUAUCUUUCAUUGUUUAGUCAAGAUUUUUUUUAUGGCUGGUCUUCUAAAUUCUAUGCAAAAUGUAAAAAAAGUCAUGAGGUCACUUAGGGCUUAAUGAAAAGCUUUGGUCGCAUUCAGAAAGCCUUCAAAAAUAUAUUUUUUGGCUUUUGUGAGAAUGAUACUAGAUUGCGGAAGUCGUUUAUAGUCGGUUGAAGCUCAGAGCCCUUUUCUGCAAUUAUUCAAAAGCGCAUCGGAACUCCCUGUGAAAAAAUGUGUUAAUUUUUCUCAGAUCGGCGGUGAAACGACUAUAAAAAAUCCACGGAAUUUUGAAAAAAAUAUACCAGCAUAAGGUUUUGCUCGAUCUUUAUCCCUACCAUGAACCUUUUGUACCUUUGAACGUCUUUUUCAUAUCUAUUUCCAGCAUGUUAGUGCUCGUCAUUCUUUGAGUACUUUUUAUAGUUUUAAAAAACAUUUAGGUUUUCCUUUUUAGCAUGAUGUCCGCUGGCUAGCCAUUUUAGUUUAAUUUUUGCCCCUUGUCAUCCCGAAACAUUUUUGUAUGACCUUUCUUCCAUUAUACUUAUUUUUCAAGUGAGAAAAUUUCUUUUUGCAGUGGCCUCUUCACUUUUCUCGGACCCAUCUUAUCGAUUGGAUACCAAGACUGGUUACCUCAUCACCAAUCCACGCGAGUUGAUCCAUCAAUAUGCCACCAUGACUCCGGUGGCCAUCAUGGACGAUCGGACUGAUCAUACUCCUGCCACGACCACAGUAUCCAAGCAGAGCUUCUACCGCAAAACUGAGGAGACCACCGAGUUGGUUGAUUUUUCAAAUUUUGAUUAAAUAUGGUAUUGAAAAAAAUGAUUGGAUCCGUUAUAAUUUAAAAUUCAAAAUUUUGAAAUUUUUGUAACAGUGAAGUCUCUUUUUUUCAAAUUAAAAACUUCUCUUUAACAUUUUUCUCGCUUGGAUUUUAAAUUAACUUCCCUGUUUCAAUGAUAAAGGGGUGAAGUUUAAAAUUUUUUUUUCAGAGAACGAUACGCUCCCCACGCUCCUUACAAAGCUCAACACGCUGUCGCCUCGCCAAACAAAUUCGUUCGUCAGCUCAGAGAUGACAGUAAAUUUUAAAAAAUUGAAAAACGUCAAAAAAUAACAUUUUGCAGCCAUGACCCACACGCAGCGUGAAGCCAACACCCACCUCGAUUCUUUGAAUCACAAGGACCCUCACUACGAACAAAGAGUCAAUGACAUCCGUCAGAGAACCUAUUCUUCUCGGUGAGGAACUUUUCCUAACAUUUUUCAAAUUUCAUGCUCAGGUAGAUAGAGUUUUUAGCCCCAGGUCUUGCUGUAGAGAGAAAAGUAUAGCGCAGACUGUUAAACUUCUUAUAAAUCCCAUAAAUGUCCUUUUCAACUCAAAACCAACAACUUUGUUUCAGAGGCCAAGACGACAUCGACCAGCUCACUCAACAACUUGUAAGCGGACUUCAAACUGGAACUUCCAGAUAUUGA